CGACGCUCAAAGUGAAGUUUCUCGCAGAGUUUCGCAGUCUGCUGUUUUUCAAUCCCUUUGUCAACUGUAUGAUGGCACGAUAGGUUCUUUUUGCUACUGCGAUCCGGAAAUUUCGAGUUUCAAGAAUGACAAAAGCUACACUGAAGACGACCUUUGAGGCGUCUCGAACCAUUCGUCCUUUAUACACCGGAGGAAGCACUGCCCUUGAUGCCAGUGGCCGUUUACUGGUGACUUGCUUGGGCGAGGACGCCCUGAUAGUGGAUUUGGAGAGGGGUGAUCAACUUGCCAGUCUGGAAGGAGAUGGAGAGAUAAUUACUAGUUUGGCGAUUACCCCUUCGGCAUCGCAUGUAAUUGUUUGUUCACGCUCCAUGAGCGCGCGAAUAUACUCAUUAACGCCUCUUGACGAAUCCUUGCGCACUAUCAAAGCAGAACUCGUAAGAACGUUCAAACCGCACACAGCACCUGUCGUGACUACCGCAGUUGAUUCUACUGGGACGUUGCUAGCAACCGGAGCUGCAGACGGGUCCAUAAAAGUUUGGGAUAUCAGGGGCGGAUAUGUUACGCAUACCUUCCACGGCCAUGGCGGCGUGGUAUCAGCAUUGUGCUUCUUCGAAGUCAAUGCACAGGAUGGGGAUAAUCAGCAAUCUUCAAAAAGGAAAUCGUCGAAGAGGAAAUACCGACAUGAUGAGGAAGAAGAAGCGGAAGAUACUGUCUCCACUGAAGGAACUUCUGUCGCGGGAUUUCGGCUUGCUUCCGGCAGCGAAGAUGGAAAAGUACGAGUAUGGGAUCUACAUAAACGGAAGUCUAUUGCAUCUCUCGAGUCCCAUGUAUCUGUUGUGCGGGACUUAUCCUAUUCUCCAUCAGAGAAUGCGUUGCUUUCCGCCAGCCGGGACAAAACCGUCAUUGUGUGGGACGUGCGGACAUGGAAGACUCGCAGGAUCAUUCCUAUCAUUGAGAGCGUCGAAGCGGCCGCCUUUGUCACUAGUAAUGGUUUGUGUGUUAUCGGCGGCGAAAAUGGCAAGCUUCGUGUGUGGGACUGCAAUAGGGGGAGCGAGGUGACCAAGGAGCAAGAACCGGGUCCUGAGUUUGAGACUGUCAUGGCAAUCCAUUACCAUCCUGGCCUGCAGUUUGCGAUUACUGUUCACGCCGACCAGACUCUCAGACUUCACUCUCUAGAAUCUUUGGCGGAUUACAAACCUGGGUCCCCCCUUGACCCUUUGCCAGUCAUCAGGCGCAUAUCGGGCAAUGACGACGAGAUUAUCGAUUUGGCAUAUGUCGGACCUGAUCGAUCGAAGCUUGCCUUGGCAACUAAUUCGGAAUCCAUUAGGAUUGUGUCGGUAGGGCCAUUAGAUGACGGAACGUCCGACCAAAGCAAUGAUGAUUUCUUCGGGGCGGAUGUUGCUCACUUAGAAGGCCACGGCGACAUCAUCAUUUGUAUUGAUAUCGACUGGUCGGGCCAUUGGCUGGCGACAGGUGCGAAGGACAACACUGCACGCCUUUGGCGUUUGGAUCCGACGAACUCCUCAUACACUUGCUAUGCCGUUUUCACGGGCCAUGCAGAGUCUCUGGGAGCAAUCAGUUUCCCACGAGUACCGCCACCAUCUAGCACUUCUGCAUAUACCGAUCCAUUAAACCACCCCCCAGCCUUCUUGCUGACCGGCUCCCAAGAUCGCACCGUCAAGCGAUGGGAUACAGGCAAGUUGACAUCAUCUCAAACAUCCAAACUACACUCCCCUAAGGCAGUAUUUACCCGGAAGGCUCACGAGAAGGAUAUCAAUGCUUUGGAUGUAAACCCUUCAUCUACCCUUUUUGCCUCGGCCUCUCAGGACCGUACAGUGAAGAUUUGGUCAACUGAGGACGGUUCAGUAGUGGGAAUUCUCCGUGGCCAUAGGAGGGGCGUGUGGUCUGUCCGUUUCUCUCCUCAAGACACUCCUGUCAUCAGCUCCCAAGCCAAGAGCAGCACAAAUAGGGGACUGAUUGCGACGGGCUCUGGCGACAAAACGGUGAAGAUUUGGAGUUUAUCGGAUUAUAGCUGCCUCCUCACUUUCGAGGGACAUACCAACAGCGUCCUCAAAGUACUCUGGCUCCCACCUUCCGACUUAUCAGUCCCCGAGAAUGGAGAUGAUGGGGAGGAUGCAACAGGAGUGGCCCGCAAAGCUGCCGCGCAAGGUCGUCCUCUUGUUGCUUCCGCUGCCGCCGAUGGGUUAGUAAAGAUCUGGUCUCCAUACACGGGUGAGCUUGAGACAACACUCGAUAAUCAUACGGAUAGAGUGUGGGCUCUAGCCAGUCCUACGCCAUCUGGCUGUCGUGGCGACGUGAAACCUUCACCCUCAAGGAUCUAUACACCUUAUGCUCUUGUCUCCGGGUCCGCCGACUCAACCGUCACUUUCUGGACCGAUACCACAUCCGCCACGUACUCUGCAGCAGUAAACGCGAACACCGAACGCAUCGAACAAGACCAGCAGCUGCAGAAUUACAUCCGAGCAGGAGCAUAUCGCGAGGCCAUAACGUUGGCUCUUCAACUUAACCAUCCAGCCCGACUGCUCUCCCUCUUCACGGCUGCGAUUGACGCCGCUGACGAUCCAACCUCGGAUUUGGAUCCCGCCAUCCGCCAGAACAGCUUGACCGGUAACCCAUCCAUCGAUGAGGUUCUCCAGACCUUAGACCCUGAGAACCUCCGCACUCUUCUCCUCCGCCUCCGCGACUGGAACACGAACGCGCGCACAUCCCACGUUGCCCAACGGAUUCUUUUUGCCCUGUUCAGAUCCUAUCCUGCAUCAACCUUUAUUGAGCUCGCGCCUGCUAGUAUCGUGAACCACGGCAAGAAUAGCCGUGUCGCCGCUAGUAUGAAGGAUAUUCUGCACGGUUUGGCUGCGUACACGGAGCGGCAUUACCGCCGAGUCGAGGAGCUUGCUGAUGAGAGUUUCCUUGUUGAAUGGGUGCUAGGAGAGAUGGAUGGGGGAGUCGGCCUUGGAGCGCUGGGAGUUGGUGUGAACGGAGAGACUAUAGAAGAUGUUAAUGGCGAUAUACCAGAACAUGAGAAGGAUAUAAUAAUUCUGGGAGCAUAGUUGGGAAUCAAUCUUAUGGAUGUGGAUUGGAUCUGUACAGACGAGGAUUAAUGCCCUCUUCUGUAUCUCUUUUAUGUGUUUCGGGCAUAUACUGUUGCAUUUUUGAGGAGUAUUUAUUAUAUGUAUGGGACGGAGGAUAUGAAAAGCUUUUCAGUUAGAUAUGGAAGUAUUGUUUUGUUCUUAUUUUAUUCAUCUUUGGAAGAUGUUCCCUGCGUUUCAUUAGAUCGACUAUAUGUCUACUUCCUCCUUUAAGGGGUCCAUCCAAAGCAAUCAUGAUAUAGCCGAUCGAGUGCAUCGUUGCUUCUUACUACCGUGCUCUUGAAGAGGUCUCCAGAGAGCGGUUUAUCAUCUGCUCAUCCUUCACCUAUAAUCAUCUCUCCGACGAGAAAUACGAUCACGAUCACUAUCCCGAUGACGGUCAUACCGCGAGGACGAAUGCCUUGAGCUGUGGUAGUCUUCGUCCCUGUGUCUAUGACUCCUUUCCCUAUCCCUAUCCCUAUCCUUAUCGCGGUCGCGGUCACGGUAAUAUCGAUCACCUCUCCCGUCUGCCUCGCCAUCAUCAUAUCUUCUGCGUCUCGAAUCCCAGCUGCUCGAGGAGAUACUUCGAUCUCGUCGUGAAGAUCCGUGUCUUCGUCUCCCAUGGCGAUCACUAUCGUCACGGCCAUUCUCAUAGUCGCGUCUCCGAUACUCACGGUCACGAUCCCUGUCUCUAUCGCGUCCGCUCUUCUCCAGAUUCCGAUCCCGUCUUUCCCUCCAAUCAUCCUCAUCCUUCUUCUUCAUCUUAGCUUCUUUCUGAAGCUCCGCGAGUUCUUCUUCCGUGAUAUAUUCUCCCGUCCGUUUGUUUCGCAUAAGAACUGGCAUGUAGACUCCUGUAGACUUCUCCCCGUCUUUCCCGCUCUUCCUAGACGACUUGCGCAUCGCUGCCUUUCCCCAGGCACCGAUUUCUGCCUCUGCCCCCUUGCUCCCAGAGAGUUCCUUCGCACCUAUCCCGAGAAAGCCAGAUCGACGCUCAGGAAUGCGAGGUUGAUUCGCUCUAUCGCUCGGCGCGGAUGAGUUGUAUCUACCCCUCCCAACCGCUUGGCCUUCCUUCCAGCCCAUCCCCCGCAGCAGGGCCGCGCCAAACUCCUCAACUGGUAUCUCAUUGUAGGCGUCCAGGGUCGCAGGGUCAGGACGUGAGGCGAUGUCGGCACGAAAUGAGCUCGUCUCGUCAUAGUGCGCCACAUAGUCAUCUCUCUCUCUGUUAACGGGUGGCUUUGCGGAUUCGAUCACAAGGUCUGUUCUGUGUUCUGCGUCUCCUCGACUUUCCCUGACAAGAGCCUGUAAUGCAAUUUCAUCCUCCGUAAGCACCUUCUGCCCUUCGCCUGGAGCAGGCAAAAGCGGUUCCGCUUCUUUCACAUGCUGGUCUCCAUUAUUUUCGGCUGUGUCCUGCGUUGCGGGCUUUGAAGCAUAACUGAGUCCAUACGACAUGCUAGGGCCGCAUGUCUCGUCGCCUUCGAUGGGUUUCCCACUCUUCUCUGCCUCCCGUAGCGCUUGUACCUCUUUCGGUAAUAGAUUCUUCCCUCUCGGUCUUCGGAUAUUAACCCCAGGGCGAUUGCGCCAGUCAUUUGUGCUUGUCACUGGUAUGACCAGUUCGCGCUUGCUUUUGGAGUCAUGGCUGUUCGCGGUAAUAGCAUUGCCAGUCUGACUGUCAAAGCCCGUCACCUCCUCAUGAGCUGGGACACUUUCUUCCUCCUCAGACUCAUCAUCCUGUCGAAAUUGACGCGGUCGCCGGCCUAGUGUACGGUUGGGUAUUUCGAAGGCGCGGGUGGAAGAUUGUAGAUUGAAAGAGGCCAUGUUCAGCGGCGUACCAUUGGGCGCAGGAGCUUUGUGCUGAAUUUGAGGCUUUUGCUUUCGUACCAACAAAGAAUGAAUAAAAGAAGAUAUAUACCCCAGACCAGCUGGUGAUUUAUCUUUUCCCCCCA